GCGACGCCUCUAUCCAGUAGAGUGCAGAAUGUGAAUUCUUCGUUGUAUUCCCUCCACGCUCUAAUUCAAUAAUAGAUAAUUCCCAAAAAUUCUAGUAGCUGCCAUUUCGCAACCCGUUAUUUCCAGAUAAAUCUACAUCCAGCGAAUCAACUCAUCGAGAUAUUCCGCCGAGUCGAUUGGAAUUCCUUCUCUCCUUAAAAUGCAUGACUCAACAGAUGACUCGACAAUGGCUAAACCGCAACGCCGAGCCUCCACGGAGGAGAGCCUUCAAAUCAUCAGGCAGUCCCUCAAGCGAGAUGAAAUGGACAGGCUUGAGGGCACCCAUUUCUACGGUCACACUCCUCACACAUUUAUCACACUUGGAGCGUCAGGAGACUUAGCGAAGAAGAAGAUUUAUCCCACCCUCUGGUGGCUCUUCCGCGACAAUCUCCUCCCUAAAACGACGACAUUCUUCGGCUACGCCAGGAGCAAAUUGACCCUCAAAGAGUUGCGUGACAAGUGCCACCAGUACAUGAAGGUGAAACCUGGGGAGGAAGACAGAUACGAGAAGUUCUGGCAGUUGAAUUACUACACCGCAGGGUCCUACGACUCCGAAGAGGACUUUGCUGCUUUGAAUAGAGAAUUGGAGAAAUGUGAGAUUGGGAGCGAAGCGAAUCGCUUGUUUUACCUGGCUCUGCCGCCAAGCGUCUUCGAGCCCGUUACCGUGCACAUCAGGAAUACUUGCAUGGCCCAAAAAGGUUGGACGAGAAUAAUAAUCGAGAAACCCUUCGGUCGAGACGCGCCAACAUCGGAGCGUCUCUCCAACCACCUAGCCAGUUUAUUCCACGAGGAGCAACUGUACCGAAUCGAUCAUUACCUCGGUAAGGAGAUGGUGCAGAAUCUCAUGACACUGAGGUUUGGAAAUAGAAUUUUCAAUCCAACGUGGAAUAGAGAUAACAUUGCCUCUGUGCAUAUUACCUUCAAGGAACCGUUCGGCACUCAGGGGCGAGGCGGAUACUUCGACGAGUUCGGAAUUAUACGAGAUGUUAUGCAGAAUCACUUGCUGCAAAUUAUGUCGCUUGUGGCUAUGGAGAAGCCAGCGUCCUGCUGUCCCAAUGAUAUAAGAAAUGAAAAAGUCAAAGUCCUCAAGUGCAUCAAGCCCCUUGAGCUAGAUGACGUCAUCCUAGGGCAAUAUGUUGGUGAUCCAGAGGCUGAAGACCCCGAGGCACGACUGGGAUACCUAGACGAUCCAACAGUCCCACCGAAUUCCACAACCCCGACGUUCGCCAUGGCCGCCUUGAAGAUAAAUAACGAAAGAUGGGACGGAGUGCCAUUCAUACUUAAAUGUGGAAAAGCAUUGAACGAGCGUAAAGCCGAAGUCAGAGUGCAGUAUCUGGACGUCCCUGGUGACAUAUUCGACGGCAAAGCUAAACGAAAUGAGUUAGUCAUCAGAGUUCAGCCUGGGGAGGCCCUGUACAUAAAAAUGAUGACAAAAACUCCUGGUAUUACGUUCGACAUGGAGGAAACUGAGCUGGAUCUCACCUACGGACGUCGUUACAAGGACCUGAAAUUACCUGACGCCUACGAGAGAUUAAUCCUGGACGUCUUCUGCGGCUCGCAAAUGCACUUCGUCCGGAGUGACGAGCUGUCGGAAGCCUGGAGAAUCUUCACUCCCCUCCUGCAUCGCAUCGAGGCCGAGAAAAUUCCCCCAAUCCCCUACAAACACAAAUCCCGUGGACCAAAAGAGGCAGAUGAAAUGGCUAAGAAGAACAACUUCAUGUACUACGGUUCCUACAAGUGGCCUGAUCAUCCUUGAGUACUUCAUCCUUUAUUCAUCACUUUUCAUACUUAAUUACCUCGAGACGUUGAAGGGCUACAUUCCACGCGCAUUUUAUACAUACAAAUUCAUGUAUUUAUUAAAAUCAUUGAUUGUUCUUUAUGAAUAUUUCUACAAUCAGCUCGAUGUUGGGAAUUGUUGGUUAAAUAAAAAUUUAUAUCUUGCAAUUA